ACGUUACUACAGUAGUGAUACAGACCACCAUUCAUGCAACAACACUAGUGCGAAUUUUGACAAGAAAUGGAAGCGCGCCGCUCGACGGAGACGCAAUAGUACGAUGAAAAAAUCACGGUCGCAGGCGGCUAUGGCGAAAAAACGGAGCGCGAGAAGAGGAGAUUUCCACCGAUCGCAGGCGGCGUGGUGACUACGAAGUUACGAAAACAAAAACUGAGCUGGCUACGGCCGAGUGACGAUUUUGGGAUUUAAAUUAGUGGGGGUGUGCAGUGCGCCACUGACUCGACGGUCGGUUUUAUCGGUAAAAUUUUGGUGUAAUGAAUUUGAAGCAAUGGGUCUUAGAAAAUCUUGUUUUGUACGAAUCAGUGUAGCAAACUUGCCGCUCGGAAAAAAUGGCGGAGUGCUCUUAUGCGCGAUGCGUUCAACAGAGGAGAAAUAUUAGGAGAGAACUGCAAAGAUGGACAAGAAACAUGGUUCACAUCGUCGGGUUGGAACGAAUCGCUGAAGAGUUGAUGGGUCGGAGGAAAUGGAAACUGUACCAAGAGUCCAUGUCGAGGAAUUAUUUGCAACCGUUAAACAACAACGUGAAGACGCCGAAAGAUCAUCACAACAACAACCACAACAGCAACAAAGAGGUGGAACAGAACAACCACCACGAAAAAGACAACAACACCGCCACGUAUACCUCAUCAUCGACGCCGAAAAACGACGACGGCGGCGGCGAUUCCGCCGUCACCACGGAACACAAGGAAAAAGAAAACGAAAAGACUACGCUGCAGCCGCCACCAGUUGAGGACAGGCUGAAGGACUGGACGCCGGAGACGAAGUGCUACUUCUGUGUGGACGGCAAGCUGGAUAGUGAACAUACCGCACACGGGGUUCUGAGUCCCCGCCAUACGGACUCGGAUUCGUCAGACAGCCACAGUGACAACGAGGUACCGCCAUCGCUCACCCCCUCGCUCAACAACAACCACCACCGCCACCGCCACCCGGUAGCACCGGCGAACAUGACGACGAUCGAGAGCGUCACGUCGAUGGCGGCGUUAGCGGCGGCGUUCACGGGCGGAAAUUCCCCCGGCACGCCCGCCCCACACCUGCCCUUUUACCCUCCGAGUAUCCUGUCGCAUAACUGGUACCUGGCGAACGUGGCCAGGUCCUUCCAGGAUAACAACCAGGACAAGGCCGCUUCGGGGGAGCAACCGCUGGAUCUCAGCAAGGGGGCGGCGAACCAUAACAGCGUCGCGGACGGCAGGAUGGGCGGCAACAACGUGAGGCUGCCGACGCUGGACACCAAGCAUAUUUUCAAUUCUGAUUUUAGAGCGAAACCUAGGAUGUCCGCUGUAGCCGGCAGGAGGACGUACACCGAGGACGAACUCCAAGCGGCCUUGAGGGACAUCCAGUCGGGCAAGCUCGGCACUCGUCGGGCGGCGGUCAUCUACGGGAUCCCCCGCUCGACGCUGCGGAACAAAGUGUACAAGUUGGCGUUGGAGAGGGAAAGGGAGUCGCAUUUGAAUAGCUCCACCCCGUUGAAGCUCGACGAAGAGGAGGUGAUGGACGACGAUAAGGAGUUGUCGGGGGCGGAGGAGGAGAAGGAAGUGGAGAAGGCACUCCAGGCGCCGCUGUGCGACAUUCUGAGAUUCUCCAACAUGGAGAUCCCUCCUGAGGCGAUCAAGGCGAUACUGCAGAAGAAGGACGGGAUUGAAGGAUGGGCGGGGCUUGAACACAGCGAGGUAGGGCCUUACAUACAGAACAUCCUACUGGCUUCGCAGAACCUCCUCCAGAAACCUCUGGAGGGCUCGGUCCUCAACAGUGUGGUGCCCGAAUUCGUGAAAAAGAUGUUAUCGGACGAAACGAAAAAUAACGGUGAUAGUUCGGUGACGCGGCCGAGCCCGUCGAAUUCGGUUGGGGUGAAGAAGUCUGAGUCGGACAUGGAAACGGAGGAGUCUCCUUCGAAUGUGAUACUAAAAAUUCCGUCCUUUAAACCGACGUCUAGCAAGAACGGAUGUGAUCUAUUCAGGAACACCGCGGAGGGGAGUUUAGCUUCCCCCCCAGUCACGAGUGAGUCGGGCUCUCCCCCUAUCCUUCCCGGCAAAGGCAUGUCGAUUAAGGACGUCAAAGACGUCAUCGCUCAAAGCAUCAGCCAGAAAUUCCAGCAGCCCCUCGAACCGCGGAGGCCCAUCAUGGAACUAGACUUCAAACGAGGCGGCUUCACGCCGCCCCUCGGUUCCGGCAUCUCGGUGAUCAAAACACAAGAGCUGCAGCGACCGUACCAGCCUCCUCCCAAGCCCCAGAACCCUGGCCCCACGACGGGGGGAAAAGGCACCCGCCCCAAACGCGGCAAGUACCGCAACUACGACCGGGACAGUCUCGUGGAGGCAGUGCGGGCAGUCCAAAGGGGAGAAAUGUCGGUGCACCGUGCCGGCAGCUACUACGGGGUCCCCCACUCCACCCUGGAGUACAAGGUCAAAGAGCGACACCUAAUGCGACCGCGCAAGCGCGAUCCUAAACCCAACCCCGUGGACGAGAAAAUUGCCAGUCUGAAGCAGAACGACCUUCGGAACCAGGAGAAGCUCAAACCCAUGAUGAAGCCCCCCCAGAAGUUCCCUCCCACGGCGACCUCCCCCAACGGCAUGAAGCUGCCUAUCUUCGAGCCGGGGAUGGCGCCGCUGGCAGGGUACAAUCCGCCCCCCUUCCCGUUCUGGCCACACCCCGGCUUCCACCACCUCCCGUUGGACUACGGCCGUCCCAUUCCUCCCAACCCCGAGUUCUUCGCCUCCCAGAUGAUGCAGAAGUUGCAGGAGGAGUCUUCGAGGGGCAUCGGAGGGCAGACGACGCCCCCGAACGCUCCAGCGCUGGCCAAGAGCGCCAGGCAGAUCGCGGAGUCGCUGCUGGACGGCACGGGGUCGAACGGGUCCUUUCUGGACGGGAUCAUAAGGUCCAGCUUGGAGUCGGGCGUUCCUCCUAGCGACGACAAGUUGCCGAAGGAGGAGAAGAGCAUCAGCAUCGAGAGCAUGUCGAAUAAGGCGCUGUUGGACCAGUUGUGCAGGAACAGCAGGCUGACGCCGCUUUCGAAACCAGCGAUGUCGGAGAACAGUUCGGGAGAUGAGUCGUACAGGAAGGGAGCUAGUCCGCUCAACUUUACUGCUGGAGCGUCCAACUCGAAGGACGGCAUCCACGACGCGUCCCCCGCCGACGUGCACACGAUCGAACUGUCGAACGAUUCGAACGAGUCGACGGUGGAGAGGAAGCCCUCGAUCUUAGGGUCAAAAGAGGAACCGAACGCGACGACUACGACGAUAAACAGCAACAGCACACCACCGGCUAGGAUUUACCUGAAAAAAGAUCUGGCCAACCCAGACAACCUUCAGCCCGAGAUGCUGAUGCGCUUCCGGGACGUCCUUCCCGACAUGGAGCGGAACGGCGUCGGCGUCGGCGAAGGCAUCACAGGAAGUGCCUCAGAUAAUGACGCGCCUCAAGACUGACACCUAAUCGUAAGUGAGAGAUUUUUAUACUGAAGGUGUAACUAGCAAAUUAUCCAAAAGCAAAUUUCGGUGUUUUUCACCCCCGAACGGGAUGACGACGUGGUUGUUAAGUGGAUAUCGAGCUCGAUGACGGUGUUUGUUGAUUAUUUAUUUUUACUUUUUGUUAAUUAUGGUUUUUUUGAUUAGGGUAGUAGUGGUGAGCAUCAAAGCAGUCAUUUGUAUAUUAGGUGUUUUUUGACUCAAAACUGUAUCCAUUAUGGAAAUUCAUCCGCGCGGACGAGAGGCUGUCGGCGAGUCCCCGCACCACCAUGUGAUAAAUGUUGAUUUUCUGGGGGAAACCGGGACACUCUGUCGUCCGCCAUACAUGUUUAUUGUUCGGUGUAUUUGGCAUGUACCAAAAUCGUAUCAUCAGUGUACUCUCUAUGUGUCUUCGACGUGGCAUACUAUACCUCAAAACUGUAUAAAGUUCAUGUUCACGCAUCCGCUGCUUUGAUGAGGACGGUUCAUACUUGUAAUAUCGAAAAAACCCAUGGGAUAGUCCCAGAAUUGAAAAAUUAUAUCUAUCUGUGAUUUAUUCAAAAUUUUUGAUGUAUAUUUUCUCUAAAAAUAUCUUAAAAUAUAAAUAUUAAAAUUAAACAAUUAGGGAGUAGUUAUUCGGUUGGCGUACUGAUCGCGUGACUCAGUUAACCGAACCGACUUUCGUUUAAUUCAUAUGACAAUGAAGUGCAAUUAGAUGGUAUAUACAUAAUAUAUAUUUACAUCAAUAUUAAGUAGUAUAUAAGAUAUAUUAAAAAAAUAUAUUAUAUAUUUCAAAGGAAGCUAUUUUGUUCGAGAGAUAAAAGAUUGACUCAAGGUAGAGUUUAAACGCUUCAUUCCCCCCCUUCAACAACCGUCAGACACACAACCAACCACAACCGAACCGAUACCGACAGUUAAACCGAACCGGCCAGAAACCGGUUCCUCAAACCAAACCAGAUUUCUACAGUACACACAUAUUUAAGUUGGACCAAUGCAGUUGUAUAUAAUGUGGUAUGCUUUACAUAUCGUUUGGCGCCCCCGCCGCCUCCCCACCCAUCCAACAUGGCGACCGGAAGCCGGCCGGCGCGCCAAAACCAAACAUUCCAACCAUAUAUGUGCCAGAUUUUUUAUUCGCAAAAAUUAGAAAAAAAAAACUUAAACGUUUAACACAGAUUGUGAUCUCGGCCGCGGGCCCUUAGAUCAUCUCGGAAUGCAUCAUUUUUUUCCUAAAGUUGAUUUUUCGAAGCUGUGAGCUUCCCAGUUCUCGUAGUCCUAAGGUUUUAAACAAAAAACACUGUAAUUUUAAAUGUUUGUGUGUUUCACAUUUUGCGCUUGCCAAUUAACAGUCGGGGGGAGGCGAUCGCGUGGCUGCUCCCCUCCCCCGCCAAAAUACUCUCUCGGCUUGAUUGUAGUGUACCAAAAUUUCGUACAUCCGCGCGGUUAUAGUAGACGAAGUUUUCAAAAUACAUAAAAAUUAAGCAAGUGUGCCACCAUUUUUGUGCAAUUUCAUUAUUCUUGCAUUCGUUUUUAUGUGAUAAUUUGUUAAAGACACUUUCUGCGUUCACUUUAUACCUUUCGUUUCUUCCCAAAAUGUGCGGUCCAAAAAUAAACAGUGUAUUACAAAAAUGAAAAAACCAUAAAGUAUACGCGUUAAAACACGAUAUUUUUAGUACGUAAAUCUCUAACAGGCUUCAAAAGCACGAUAUAAUCAAAAACGUUGUGUUCGAAAAGUUGUUGUCUUUUUUUAUUGCAGUUUUCGUUUACAGUUUAUUGUUGUUUUGUUGACAACGCGGUGCAAAGCGGCAACACCGCGCGAGUGUCGAAUUUCGGCGCCAAAAUUCUCUGCGCUGUUGCCGCCUCGCACGGGACGCUGCAUUUACCGUAGUACAUAACCUGAAACGGUACGACAGUUCAUUUUAGUACAGUUUACGAUAAUUACGUAAUUUUUUUUUGUUCGAAAGUUAAACUUUAUUAAAAUGGACGUAACUUUUGCUUUUCACCAGACGUGUCAGUAUUUCGUUUAUUAAAUAAAGUAAAAACAAAAACGGACCAAGGUCUUUUUUAUUAUUGAAAUAGACGUUAGAAUUAUCAUUCCACACUAUAGCUUUUUCACAACUAUAAGACUUCUAAUAGUUUCUAUGUUAUUCCUAAUUAUUUUUUUACAAUACACACAUAAUUUUAAUGAUUUUUUAUAUCAACGUAUUUGUUAAUUAAUUUUAGUUGUUUAGUAUAGUGUUACUUAAGUUUUUUUGCUUUACAACCGUGUAUAUAGUACUGUUUCAGCGCACUUGAAUGUUUGUGUGCCUGCAGAUUAAUACAGAGAAACAUUUUUAUUACAAUUGAAACCUCUGAGCAAUUUUAGUUGGAACCAUAAUCAACAAUAGUACACAAUUUACCCACAUUUAAUCGCAUUGAUGAAGAGCGGAUUUUACGUAAAGAAAAGUAAUGAGAUGAUAUUUUUAUGUAUGUUGUGUUUGUUAUUUAUGUUGCAAUAUAGGCAUUUUGGGUGCGUCGUUUUUAUUGAGCACCGCUGUAUACGUAAUAAAUUGGCAUUUCCUAUCGUCUCCACCGCCGUCACGAUUUCGGUGACUUUGGUGGAAACGCACGUGUCGCGACUGGUUCGAGCCAAUCACACUUGUAAAACACCCUAGAUUAUUAUACAGAGUGUAUACUUAAUAAGUAGUUUACGCGUCAUUAUUUGUUGACAAUUUACAGUACAAGAGGUUAGGUUUAAAUACCCACACUAUAGAGUUUUUGUAAAUGAGACACUAAUAACCAGGUGAUGGCACUUAACUAACGUAGUUUAAGAUUUUACUUAGUACAUAAUGUAAAAGUAGUUUAAAUGUAGGAAAGCUCUUCAUCAAUGUGGUAGCAAAAUCAAAAAAACAGGUUCAAACAGGUUCUUCAUAAAAUGGCAUAUUGAAAAUACACACGCACCGUGCAUCACAAGGUUAACGAUUGGCUCUAAAAAAAUCAAAAAUAAAACAACACCAAAAAGUGUCUUCUAAUUAUUUGUCUAGUCGAAAACGUGUUAAAAUUGGUAGAAAAAAUGUGAUCGGUUCAAGACGAAGACUGAAAUCAAAACAAAAUUUAACCUUGUACGAAAAUUUUUAAAUAUGCCAUCACACAAGUUAAUCUCCGUUGCACACACUGGGACCAAAAGUACUGAUUCAUAUCCAAAAUAUCAAAAAUUAUAUCAAAAAAUAUUUUUCAUC